UCCUGAAUACGAAUGGAAUCAACAGGUCCAGAGAGUGGGAGCGAUCAGAAUCUGUGAAGAGGUGACUGGGAUGCUCCGAUUAUGGGUCAAAAUCUCAGAACCAUAGACGUGAAUGUUACAACAAUGUACCAGAAUCUGAGAGGAAUAGAUUGGAAUGUGCCAACAAUGAACAGGAGUUUAUCCGAUGGCCUUUACUGGCUUCCUAUUGAUUGGUUACCGUUGGCAUUGUGGAUAGAAGCUGUAUUGAUGGUUAUUCAGGCUGGUUACUAUCCCAUCCUCUCUUUUGUUGGUGUUCCCGCUAACGUAGUGACGAUCUACGUCCUGCUUUAUAAAGAUUGUGGGUUGUCUCCAUGUGUCAGAAUUUACCUGGUGGCCAUGGCAGUGGGAGAUUUACUGGUCAUUAUCCUCGAUCUGACUUUGAGACACAUUCCCAUUGUUUAUUGGGAACAGUUUUAUUUCCUGGUGUACAUCCCCGUGUGUAAUAUCCACGCCGUCCUGCUUUAUGCAGCCACUGACUGUUCUGUCUGGUUCACCGUCAGUUUCACCUUUGAUCGAUUUGUGGCCAUUUGUUGCCAGAAGCUGAAAAGUAAAUAUUGCAGUGAGAAAACGGCCACUGUAGUUCUGGGAACAGCGACUGUGCUGAGCUGUUUAAAGAACACUUUCUGGUAUUUUAUGCUCACAGGUUGGUAUUCGCUGCAGAAUGUCCCCUGGUUUUGUGAUGGAACAAUUGAUGUUUAUGUCUCUCAUGUCUGGAUCACAAUCGAGUUCCUCCACAACAUUCUGACCCCGGCUCUACCAUUUCUCCUGAUUCUGCUGCUCAAUGUGUUCACCGUCCGACACAUUUUAGUGACCAGCAGAGCCCGCAGGAGACUCCGGGCUCACACCAAUGGGAAUGGUCAGGAUGACACAGAAAUGAGAAAUCGAAAAAAAUCCAUCAUUUUACUGUUUGUGAUUUCGGCCAAUUUCAUCCUUUUAUGGACAACGUUAAUGGUGUAUUCUAUAUGGAGCCGAAUGUAUAAUUUUGGGUACCAGUCGGUGUAUCUAAAUGAAUUUGUACGGGAAUUGGGCUUCAUGCUGCAGCUCCUCAGUUGCUGCACAAACACCGCGAUUUAUGCCGUAACCCAGACUAAGUUCAGGCAGCAGCUGAAGAAUGUGCUGAAAUAUCCCUUUACCCAAAUUCAUCCAUCAAUCAAAUUCACUCAUUAAUGAAUCCAUCCAAGAUUUUCUCAUUUCAGUUCAAUGUUUCAGCAAUGAAGCAGCCUAUCGUUAGGGUAGCAGACUGAGGAUAGUGAUGGUUUAUCCAACCUUAUCCCACACGGGGUUACAGGGAAACAUGUCAAUGUUCCUUUCAACUCCUAGGCCAAAUAGAAAAGGCACUGUUCC